CUCCUUGUCUUGCUGGUGACCUUCGUUUCCCUCAACUAUGCGAAAGUGAAGCCAAGCAAAUCAACGAAGAUGUCUGAGUCUCUCUAUAAAUUCUAUUUCCAAUUUAUGCCCUUGCUAGUAAUUAUAUUUGUGCGUGCACCUCUCUUUGUACAUAUUUUUGAUUUGUGCCCCUGCUUGUGAUUAUUUUUGCAAGUACGCCCCUCAAUGUACAUCGGCCUUAUAUCAAUGCCAUAAGCUGAAGGGGACAACGGCGCCAAUUCUGAAUCAUCAUGGCACUAAGAUCCAGACAGGGCACGGUCGUGGUAAAAAGAGGGGUUCACAUUGAAGUCACCCUGCCCUGGAAUCGCAACGUCCAACACACCCCCCUGCUCAGAAGGCCCAACCAUGAAGCCUCCUCCUCCUGCUCUUCAAGAUGGUGUCGCUAAUGACAUGGAGAAUAGCGAGGCCAGCGCUGCCGCUGUAAGAGAUGUCCUUCGUGGACGUGGUGAGGAAAGCUCCGGGUCUUGCGAAACAGUUGCUAAAGCAGAGGAAGAAUUGCAACCUUUGGAUACUGCGAAUGGAAACUAUGCUUCUAGCAGUGCAUUGGAGGAGAACCGGGCUUCAUUGGCGCAAGCGUGGAGGCUCGGCACGCCGGCGAGGAAGAAGCUCUUGAUCCUCGACUUGAACGGUAUCUUGGUGGCCUGCCACAAGAAGUUAGACCGGAGCAUUGGUGGGGAUGAACUAUGUAUUCAAGCGGCCGUUCUGCAUCGCCUUCAUCGAUUUUUGCUUCGAGAAUUUCCACGUCGGCGUGUGGUCUUCCAGGAUGGAGGCCAACGUGCGCAAGAUCCUUGACUACAUCGGUGAGGGUUUGCAGCACAAGGUAAUGUUCGUCAUGCAUCAAGGCGAUUGCACCGCCACGGGGUUUAAGAAUCCUACGAACAGACGCCAGCCGCUGUUUCUGAAGGAGCUCGCGAAAGUUUGGUCGAGAUUCCCUGACGGCGAAUUUAAUGAGACCAACACUCUCCUUAUUGAUGACACUCCCUAUAAAGCGCUACUCAAUCCUCCUCACACGGCAAUUUUCUUGAAACCGUACACCUACAAUGAGCAGGAUAAUUUCUUGGCAGAGGGAUUGGUGGGGUAUUUGACGCAUCUGCGAAAUGCGGCGGAUGUGCGAGAGUUUGUGAGAAUGCAUCCGAUUGGGAUGCCGGCUAUCGCUGCAGGGUGUAUGCAUUGGAAUUUGUAUCGAAGCGUUUUGGAGAAGAUAAAAGAGGUCACAGAUGCAUCGACGCAUAGGAUCGCGUCGGGGAACUUGGAGCCACGGCCGCAUUUCUCUUCCACGGCGGAGGCGUUGGUGUUGGAAGAGUCGGUGCGGAACCUUUCGCUUCAUUAAUUGCUGUGUGUUGCGAAACUAGCGAUGACUCACUUGCUGGGCGAAUAGUUCAAGGAAGGAAAAAUGUAAAAUCGUUAUUUACCAGCAGUUACUGUGGGCUACAUUUUGUAUUAUCGACAAGAAAAUUAGAAACAAUGCAAGAAUACAUGAUGAUAAAACACAAAUUGUUCCGCUACCUUGCCAAAUCAGUGUGAGCAAUAUUAUAAAUAAUUCCAGCAAUGGGUAAUUACAUAUAGUGCUGAUCACCAUUUUUGUGUAUUGCCAAAACACUUGUACAUUGAAACAAUUUACAUUGAAAUCUUGUGGUGACAACUAAGAUUGUUAUGCAUUAAAGUU